ACCACCACAGCCCCUUUUCCCUGGGUCCAUUUUCGCACUGCAUGGGAGAGGGAGGUGGAGGAGAACCUCUUAAAAAAAAGAAAGGACGGAAGAAAGAAAGAAAGAAAGAAAGCCAGGAGCGAGGAAGAGAAGACGGACCUUGCCCCUCUCCCUCCUAUGGAGAGUGGAUUUCUACUACAGGCGCCUUGGAGAGUCUUUGCGGCUGCCUGCCUGCAUGUGUGCCUGGUGGUAUCUCUUUUGCAAAUCACCUGCAGACUGAAAUUAUCCUCUCUGCUCCCAGGACGUAUUGCAGGGGGAGCGUUUUAAAAAAUCCCCUAUUUCUGCGCGGAUCUGCUACGCUAAAGGGGGAGAAAUUCUACCAUCUCACACGCGCGGCGAGGCGCAGGGAGGGGAGGGAAAGCCCCGCUUAAAAAAAACCAAAGCGCCUGCUGUGUUUUCUUUCUGGAGAAACGCCCCUCUUUCUCUCCCCCUCUCCCCAACCAGCCAGGCAGCCUCCCCUUGCUGCCUUCGCAGGAGAAGCGGCGUGAGAGGAGAUCAGCUUCUGGAGGGGACCUGCAAAGUUUCCUCGAGGAGCCCCCCCAAAAGAGGGCGAGGAGUGGAAGAAGGAUCCGGGCGGGGUGGGAAGGGGGCGCGCUUUGGCGCUGUGCCCGACCUAGGGCGCGUGGCGCGCCAGGCGGAGGGGAUCCGCAAGAUCCGAGGCGCCUUUGUGGGUGGCGCGGCGGCGGCGCCCCAAAGUGGACUUUGAAAAGGAGGGUGGGACUCAGAGAGAGAGAGAGAGAAAAAGCAGGAAUUAAGAGGGCGAGGAGAGGGGCGAGAGGUCUCCUCGCCUCGGGGGUUUGUCGACCAAUCGCUCCGCCGGGGGAACUUUGCCGGGCAGGGGGACAACUUGGAGAGGGCGGCAGCUCUCCGAAGAGACGCGCGGCGGCGGUGGCGGUUCUCGUCCUGCUGCUUUCCCCGGAUCCGUCCCUGGGCGCAAAGGUGACCCACCGCCGGGUGAUUUACGGCUGCUCUCUGCCCUACGGCUCGCCCGCACUGUAAAUACGCGCUGGGGUCGCCAGAGCGCGGAGAGAGCCUCUUCCUCUCCACCAAGACUGGAGCGCAAGGCUGGGGCGCCACCUGACAUCUCCACGAACCCCAAAAAACCAGGGGACUUUUCCCUUCCCGGAACCAAAAGCGUGUGUGUGUACCUGCUGUUAGUUUUGUUCCUGGGAUAGAAAAAGGCUUUGAUUCCCCCCCUAAAAGCUGCUUUCGGAUGCUGCACGAAGCUCCUGCCGAGAGAAGGUCCUUUGGGGCUUAAGAAAAAAGAAACAAUUUCCCCCCUUUUAAAAUAUAACCUCUGCUUAACUAUGGAUUUCCUGGCGGCGUGGAUGCGUCUCCUGCUCGUCUUGGCUGCCUUUGCAGUUUUGCCCCAUCAGGCUGAAGGUGUAUGCGUCUACGGAGGCUCAUCAUUUCAGAACAACACCGCUUGGAAGCCAGACUCCUGCCGUGAGUGCAGUUGCCAUGGCGACAUUGUCCUGUGCAAAGGCGUCGUUUGCAAAAACCCUCGCUGCGACUUCGAGAAGGGGGACGUGCUACAAACACCUGCCAACGCUUGCUGCCCUGUGUGCGUUUUGCAAACGGAGGGAUUUUGUGAGCAUGAAGGACGGGUCCAUGAGCAUGGUACGGAAUGGGCUGGCUCCGAAUGUACGACCUGCUCUUGUGCCAAUGGGGAAAUCACCUGCAGCCCCAAGGCUUGCCCUGUCCUCUCCUGCGAGGGAGUGGGCGCCCCCAGGCAAGGAGAGUGCUGCCCACGGUGUGUCGGCAGCGGAGAGCCUUGCUCUUUCGAUGGUCAAACGUACCUGGAUGGUGAGGAUUGGAAACCCAGCAAGUGUGCCAGAUGUGUCUGUCGGAAUGGGACUGUGCAGUGUUUCACCGUAGUUUGUCAGCCUAUAUUGUGUAAAGAGGAUGAAAGUGUGGUUGUACCUGCUGGGAGGUGUUGCCCACAAUGCACUCCGAAAUCCUGCUCUGCACCUGGGAGAGCAUAUGAGCACGGCGAGCAGUGGCAGAAAGAUGCCUGCACAACCUGCGUCUGCGACAGAGGGGAGCCCAGGUGUCUGAGGCAGACCUGCACACCUGUGACCUGCGAGAAGGGGGAGAGCAAAAUACAGCGUCCUGGAGUUUGCUGCGAGGAAUGCGUCCCCUCCAAGGGGAGCUGCGUCCAUGACGGCAUCGUAAGGUACCACAACGAGAUGUGGAACGGUACCGGGUGCGAGUUCUGCAUGUGUGACGGAGGGCGAGUCUCUUGCUGGCACGGAGGGUGUGCCAAGGUGGAGUGUGCCCCGGGUGAAGAAUUAGUUCAUUUAGAAGGCAAGUGCUGUCCUGAAUGCAUUCCCAGAGGCAGGCCCUGUGUUCACCAAGGGCGUACCAAAUAUAGCGGAGAAAAAUGGAAAGAAGGUCCGUGCCGCGAAUGCGAGUGCCAGGAUUCUGAUGUGAUUUGCUCCUCUCCGUCCUGUCCGACUUGCCCCACAGGCAGUGUGGCAGUUGCUCGGCAGGACAAUGCUGCCCUCCUUGCGAGCCAGGUCGGUGCCAUGCGGAUUGUGUGACCUGCUCACAGUCUUUUGACCUCUGCGACGUCUGCCGUGACACAAGCAAGCUGCUGCAGGCUGGGCGCUGUGUGGCCAGCUGUGGAUC